AUGCUCAUUUUGGGCGCCAAAUCCCAGGGCGAUAUCAAUAUCAACGAUGCCGCACUACGGGUGGCGGAAGGAUUCGAAGCAUCCCUUAUCGGACAUGCUAUGACUACCUUGAACGGGAACGCCGACGAUGCAGACUCGAGAGAGAAGUUGGACGCGACUGGGGCAAAUGGCGAGGCCAACAAGAAUGCGGUUACGCAGCCGACCAACGCCCAGCCAACCGUCGCCACAUACACCAAAUAUGGGACAUUAUUCCCAGUUACGCUCCUUCCUCAUCCUGUUAUUACGAUCCCAGCGAAAAGCGACGACCCAUACGAAAGAAUAAUUCAAGCAUACACAGGAGGUGCUGAUGCCACAACGAACCAAGAAAUCACAAUUGCCGAGCCGAGUGGGACGAAUCCCGGUACGAUUAUCGUGGAUAUUCCUGGUACAGCAUACUCCGCCUUCUCAUCAGGGCAGCCCGGCGUAUUAACGAUUACGCCUUCCAACGACAACCCGACGGCUACAGUUAUUUCUGCGAUACCUAGUGGUGUUGCGAUCACUGGUGAUGCUACAAGGACAAUCCCCGCGGCGGGGACUGCCUCAGCAACUGUUGUCAUUCAGACAGCAUGGAAUGAUGUACCGUUAAGCACUGUUGGGGUUGGCAGCAGCCCUGGAGCUGAUAGUGGCGUCGGCGCUGGAGCUGAUGCUGGUGUUGGCGCUGGAGCUGGUGUUAGACCUGGAGCUGGAAGCAGUCCUGGAGCUGGCGCUGGAUCUGGUGAUGGUUCUGGUGUUAUACCUGGAGCUGGCACUGGACCUGGAGCUGGAAGUAGUCCUGGAGCUGGCGCUGGAUCUGGUGAUGGUUCUGGUGUUGUACCUGGAGCUGGCACUGGACCUGGAGCUGGAAGUAGUCCUGGAGCUGGCGCUGGAUCUGGUGUUAGCCCUGGUGUUAGCGCUGGAGCUGGUGUUGGACCUGGAGCUGGCACUGGACCUGGAGCUGGAAGCAGUCCUGGAGCUGGCGCUGGAUCUGGCGCUGGUGCUGGUGUUAGCGCUGGAGCUGGUGUUGCACCUGGAGCUGGUGAUGGCACUGGAGCUGGUGUUAGACCUGGAGCUGGAAGCAGUCCUGGAGCUGGCGUUGGACUUGGUGCCGGUGCUGGCGCUGGAGCUGGAACAACUCCCUCAAAUGUUCUGGUUAUCGAAACGCUCACCGGAACCAUUUACAUCACUCAGCCACGGAUUACUACCAAGGCUGCUUAUGCAGGUGGUCCAAGCACCGUUUACAUUCAGGUCCCCGCAAGCAACACAAACCCCGAUGGUGCCAUUACCAUUCGUCCGAGUAACGGCGGACGUUUCACCACAAUCAUUGCCCCAUACACAGGGACCUCGCCCAUUCGAACCCCCAUUACCUCCCUGAUCCCCACCUCGGCUGGCGGAGAUGGAUCAAUCAUUAUCCUGACUCCCACCGCGACGAGCACGCGAAAGGGCGACAAUCAGGAGGAGGAUUUGCCUGAUAACCAACCCCAGGUCAUUCCCCCCAGUAGCAACAACCCUUACUAUACUGUCUUACGGCCUCACGCUGGAUCUGACCAGAUAACUAAGCCUGUGACCUAUACCGUACCCCCAUCCGGUACUCGCCCCGGGACCGUCAUUAUUGAGACACCAAAUGUGCCUAAGGGACAGCAUGCUAUCACUCUUCCAUCCGAUCCCAACAGUGGUUAUAUCACAAUUGUAAAGCCACCUCAGAACCCUAUUACCGCCGCUACAACCAGGACAAUCCGACCCAGCGGCGGCCAGCCAGGGACUAUUAUUAUUGAGACUCCCGCCCCUCAGUCGGGAACCAAUGACAUUACGAUUCCCGCUGGUUCGGGAGGAUCUAUGGUGACCAUAAUUCAGGGACCUACUGGUACUGAUGCUGUUACGGCUCCCACAACUAUCACCAUGACUGGUGGGCAGGGGCAACCUGGAACUGUUAUCAUCAAGACUCCGGUCCAAUCUGGAAGCGGUCAGACUACCCGAGCCCCCGACGGGCCUGUCACUAUUCCCCCUGGGACUGGUAAUAAGUUUAUCACUGUUUUUCGACCUCACAGUGGUGAUCCCAUUUCGGCGCCUAUCACGCUUACUCAGAAGGGACAAAACGGCCAGCCAGGAACGAUUAUCAUCGAGACACCUUCACCAGAGACAUAUCGUCCUGGCAAGGAACCAAUUACUCUUCCUGCGGGCACUGGUAGUCCUUACAUAACCGUCUAUAGGCCACACAUGGGUGACCCUAUUAAGAAGCCCAUCACAAUCACAGUUCCUCCUAGUGGCACUCGGCCCGGUACCAUUGUCGUCGAAACUCCCACAGUCGAAACGCCCAAGGGUCAGAAUGCGAUCACCACAACAGGGGGAGAUCGUCCACCCAUCACGAUUCCUCCGAAUGACAACAACCCAUAUGUGACCAUCUACAGACCUCAUACAGGUGAUCCUAUUACCGUUCCUGUUACGAUUACCCAGUCGCCUUCAAAUGGAAGACCUGGUACUAUCAUAAUAGAGACACCUGCUGCUCCGGAAAGGACUGUGACCGAGCUCCGAACUGUGACUGACUGGAAGACCCGGCCAGGUACGACUGUGACCGUUCAACCUACUGCUCCUGGCGCAUACACAACUAUCUACCGACCGCAUACUGGUGUUGUGCCUAUUACUGAGCCUAUUACUGUCACAACUAUCAAUGGCAAGAAUGGGCAACCAGGAACCGUUAUUGUCGAGACUCAAGGCCCGAUUACUGUCACUCCAACGGUAAUUGGUGGAACAGUUACGGUCUAUGAGCCUUGCACAGAUGAUCAUGACACCACGAUCACAGAAACUGUUAUUGUCACAGCUUCUGGUGGUAGCCAGUCCACAGCUGUCAUCAUUCAGACUCCUCCAGUGAAGAUUAGCACCUCCACAGGGCCUCAGCCUACUGUCACUGGUGCUGACGGUUUUGUCACGGUUACAAAGCAGUAUACUGGCACAGAUGUUAUUACCGGAGUUAUGACUACUUCAGUAGCCGGAUCUGGUACAAACCCUGGAACAGUGUUCAUCUUGACACCUCCGGCAACCAGGUUUGCACCAGCAAGCACAAGUACGGGUACAGACAAUUACGUCACAGUCUACAAGCCAUUCCCGGGACCAGGUAUUAUCAACUCGCCCAUCACCAUCACGCAGGCUCUUCCCAGUGGUGGCAAAUUUGGAACCGUUAUCGUUCAAACACCUGUUGGACAAACUUCGGCUCCAACCACGUUACCGAAACCUAGCACGACACAAGGUACAGAUGGGUAUGUAACUGUCUUUUUGCCUUUUCCUGGUCCAGGCGUUAUCACUGCGUCUUAUACCAGGACGCAGGUGCCUUCAGGUGGCAAUCCCGGAACGGUUUUCAUCACAACGCCUACGUCUCUACCAGCGACUAGCAGUCAACCAAACUUACCAAUUACCACUUCGGGCGUGAAUGGGUAUAUUACAGUCUUUAUCCCAUAUCCUGGGCCAGGCGAGAUAAGUGCGCCUAUUACUUAUACUCAGCCCCCCUCGGGUGGCAAUCCUGGUACUGUUUUUAUUACCACUCCCGUCGUUAAGGCUGGUCCAACACAACAGCAGAGCCAGGCUACUAGUACGGUCUCAGGGACUGAUGGAUAUGUAACGGUCUAUUUUCCUUUCCCAGGACCAGGUGUUAUAACUGCACCUGUCACUUCUACCCAGCCCCCAUCAGGUGGCCGUCCUGGUACUGUUUACAUUACGACACCUGCACCUAGCACCCCGAUCCAGCAGAAUGUGCCAAGUACUGCACCAAAUGGUGACCAAUACGUUACAGUAUUCUUCCCAUUCCCCGGGCCUGGCGUCAUCACAGCACCUAUUACGAGGACACAAGCGGCGCCAUCUGGUGGCAAUCCAGGAACUGUGUUUAUCACAACUCCAUCCAGCUCUACUCCUACCCUGGCGCAGAACCCCCCACCAGUGACAGAUAAUUACAUAACCAUUUAUACCCCCUUCCCAGGGCCUGGUGUUAUUACUGCUCCUGUUACUAUCACGAAGUUGGCGACUGGCGAUCAACCUGGAACGGUUCUUAUUCAAACCCCUGCCCCGACGGCGCCAAACAGUGACCAGUACGUAACGGUAUACAGACCGUAUCCCGGUCCCGGAACCAUUUCAGCACCAGUCACUCUGACACAGGCACCUUCAAAUGGCCAAGCGGGUACUGUGUUUAUUGAGACACAGCCGACCGACCUUCCAACCUCGGCGGGUCAGACAACCGCUGGUCCUACUUCCCCUAUUGGUAUCCCGCCUGAUCCCACAGGAUUGUACGUGACGGUUUAUAUGCCGUGGCCUGGUCCAGGUGACAUCACAUCUGCAGUUACGUACACGCAAGCCCCUGCUUCUGGAAAGCCUGGAACUAUUAUUAUCCAGACUCCGAACCCGGGAGCAAAUACUGCUAUCAACACUGGCCCAGUUACGAUUCCUACUGGUAACAAUAACCCGUACGUUACGGUUUAUAAGCCUUAUCCUGGUCCUGGCAACAUUGACCAGCCAAUUACCAUUACGGCUGUUACUCCUUCAGGUGAUCAACCUGGGACUGUUAUCAUUGAGACCCCUACUUCACCAGAUGUUAAUACGAAAUUUGCACCAACGACAGCGGUCUCGAGCGAGGUCACCAUGCCUGCUGGAAGCAACAACUACGUUACUGUGUACAAGCCUCACACUGGCUCUGGAAUUACCGCUCCCAUUACGAUUACUCAGGACUCUCCCACCGGUGGACAGCCUGGCACAGUCAUUGUAGAGACACCCGUACCUCUUACUCAGCCAACGGAGCAAGUACCAACCACAGACAACCCUCCUGUUACCAUCCCUCAAGGUCAAGAUGGAUACGUGACAGUUUAUCGACCCCACGAAGGUCCUGGAGUCAUUACCGCACCCGUUACCGUCAGCACCAUUGCAGCGACGAAUGGCCAGCCUGGAACAGUGGUCAUCGAGACCCCUGCGCCUGUAGUUACUUCUUCAUCAGAAGAGAACCAAUCCACUGCUUCUGCUGUUACCGUUUCUGCAAGUAAUGGCGGUUAUGUCACUGUGUAUAGGCCAUACCCAGGACCAGGCAUGAUCGAUGAGCCCCAUACGGUCGGAACAGUCGCCCCUACCUUGGGUCGCCCAGGAACGAUUAUCAUCGAGACUCCAGUGCCCUUGGCCACCUCUCAACAAUCCAACUCAGUUUAUGGCGCCACUACAGUGCAGGGCAAUGAUGGUUAUGUGACAGUUUCACAACCAUAUACUGGUAUAGGAUCCAUCACAUCGCCCAUUACCACUACGAUUCUGCCUUCCAACGGGCAACCUGGAACUGUCAUUGUUCAAACACCCGUGGAGCAGGCACAAGCUUCAAGCCAGCCCACCGACAGUGGCCCUGUGACGAUUGCUCCUGGCCCUCAAGGAUCUUACGUGACGAUAUACCAACCCCGUACAACCCCCGGUGCCAACAACGAACCAGUAACCAUUUCCACUAUCCCUGGUGCAAAUGGCCAGCCGGGUACUAUCGUUAUAGAGACGCCACCUGUUAAGACUGUUGGUCCCAUUCUCGAUUUUACUACGGCAUCGGUUUCUGCUUCAGGUCUUGAGACUGGUGGUAAAGCUGCGAUUCCUCCUGUUACUCUGAAUCCAGGCCCAGGCGAUCAGUAUACGACUAUUUACAGACCUUACACUGGAACUGGUAGCAUCAAUGUGCCUGUUACCGUCACCACAAUUUCACCAACCGGUGGUCAGCCCGGGACAGUUAUCAUCGAGACACCACAACCAGAGACUGCAGGGCCUAAUCCAACCGUCACGCUUCCUCCAGGGCCAAAUGAAUCCUACGUCACUGUCUUCCGUCCUCAUACAGGAGCCGACCUAAUUACAGCUCCUGUAACGGUCACAACGAUUACACCUGCGAAUGGCCAGCCAGGUACCGUGAUUAUCGAAACUCCUGUUAUGUCGGAGACUGCGCCCGCCUCUGGGAUUCGUGGCCCGACAGCAAGUAGCCCUGAUCAACCUAUGGCUUCUUAUGUCACAAUCUUUCGUCCCCAUUCCGGCACAGACCGGAUUACAAGCCCUAUUACUAUCACCACCCAGCAGCCCUCUGGUAAUCAACCCGGCACGAUCAUCAUUGAGACUCCGGAUCAAGACCUGCCACCUAUUACUACUUCCGCUGGACAAGGUGCUAGUGUGGUGACAGUUUACCAGCCACCCACAGGGACAGAUAAGAUCACCGAAUCUCAGAUUCUAACAACAGUACAACCGACUAACAGCCAACCUGGUACAGUAAUCAUAGAGACCCCGGGUCAGCAAGCGCCUCCCGUGACCUCUUUCCCCAUUCCUGAUGCAUACGUGACGAUUACUAGGCCUUACACCGGCCCAGACCCCAUUAACCAAGCAGUUAUAACUACCAUCCCUCCAAGUGGCAACCAGCCGGGUACAGUUAUCUAUCAAACACCAGUUGAACAACCUGCUUCUGUUACAGGGAAUAUUUCUCCCCAGUACAUCACGGUUUCGCAGCAAUAUACUGGGACAGACCAGAUCACCGAACCUAUUGUUACCACUAUCCCGGCUCAAGGAGCCCAGCCCGGAACCGUUAUUAUCGAGACCCAGCCUCCUUUUGUUACUAUCUAUCGCCCACACACAGGAGCAGGCCAGAUUACAAGCCCAGUUACUGUUUCCACUAUUGCCCCUACAGGAGACCAACGUGGUACAAUCAUCAUCGAAACUCCAGGUGGUGAAAGUCCAGUCACAACUACACCCAUUGAACCGUCAUACAUCACCACAACAGUUUUCUAUACUGGAACUGGUGUUAUCACGGCCCCUACACCUUUCACAACUAUUCCUCCUCAGGGCGACCAGCCAGGAACAGUUAUCAUAGGGGUACCGGGCGUUUAUGUGACAACCACAACCUUGUACAUGGGAGCCGACCCAAUCACUGGACCAACAGCUGUUACAACCAUCCAACCACAGGACAACCGACCUGGCACAGUAGUAAUUGGGAUACCUCCUUAUGUUACGACUACGGCUAGUUACACCGGUAUUGAUCAAAUAACUGGCCCCGUUACUAUCACCGCUGCGGCUCCUACAGGAGAUCGCCCUGGAACGGUCGUGAUCCAGACCCAAGCACCGUUCGUGACAGUAUACCGCCCUCACACAGGAGCCGACAUCAUCACCACACCAAGAACCGUAUCUACGAUCCCUCCUUCUAACGGCCAACCCGGUACAAUUGUAGUUGAGACCCCAGGCUCACAGCCUCCCACUACAACUUCACCUCCUGCUCCCUCAUACACAACAAUCUUUGAGCAAUACACUGGCCCUGGCGUCCUUACAGAACCCUUGGCCAAGACCACUAUUGAGCCUCAAGGGGAUCAGCCUGGCACCGUGAUUUUCGAGACUCCCGGCCAGAAGGCCGUUUCCGAGAGUGGUAUUGCUCAGACACCUGAAGCUUCCUAUAUCACCAUUUAUGAGCCUGAAACUGGCACAGUUCCCAUCACAUCGCCUGUGACAGUAACAGCUGUCCCUCCACAAGGAGACAAGCCAGGCACUAUUGUCAUCAAGACACCCGGACAGCAACCUCCUGUCACCCUUGUGCCAUCUGGUUCCUACACAACUAUCUAUGAAGCAUAUACCGGCACUGGUAAAUUCACCGGAGAGGUUACUCGCACAGUCAGCGCUCCACAGGGUAGCCAACCUGGCGUUGUGAUCAUCGAAACUGAUGGCCAGCAAUCAACCAAUGUUGGAAGCCCCCCUGUUACGCUACCUGCUGGCAACAAUGGUUACGUGACGGUAGUCAGGCCUCAUACAGGCACUGAACAAAUCACGAUCCCAACCACUAUUACCGCAGCGGUUCCAUUUGGCGACCAGCCAGGCACUAUUAUCAUCGAGACACCCGGGCCUGUCUCUCAGCCUGUAUCUCAAGUUGGAAGCCAGCCCGCAAACACAGAUAACCCACCUGUUACAAUCCCCCAGGGCCAAGAAGGGUACAUGACAGUCUUUGAGCCAUAUACCGGGUCAGACACAAUCACUGCCCCUAUCACUACGCCUGCAUUUAAACCUGUGUUAUCACCGAUUGAGACGCCAAGUGCUUCUGGCCUUACUGUCACAGUUCCUUCGGAUGGCCGUGGUUACAUGACUAUCUAUAGGCCAUACACCGGAACUGGAUUUAUCACGGCCCCUGUCACUGUCACCACGAUUGAGGGAAUUAAUGGACAACCUGGAACCGUCAUCAUCGAGACAUCAGCUACUCAAGAACCUGUCGCACAGAGCAGUUUAAGACCUAAUGUUACUUCCGUUCAAGGUGAUGAUGGCUACGUCACUGUCUUCGAACCAUACACAGGGACAGACGCCAUUGUGGGGCCUGUCACUGCGACUACUAUUGCUCCAUCCAACGGCCAACCUGGAACUAUUAUCGUCAAGACACCCGGUAUUCAGAUUCCAGCCUCGACUCAAGUGGGUGGUGAUGUCCCUGUGACUAUUCCGCCUGGCUCUGACAGCCCCUACACGACGAUUUAUAGACCGUACAUAGGUACUGGCUCGAUUGCUUUUCCUGUAACAGCAACAGUUAUCUCGGGAGUUGGCGGUCAACCUGGAACGAUUGUCAUUGAGACGCCUGUUGUGAAAGCUGAUACCUCAGCUGACAACGCAGGAGCACCUGUGACCAUUUCUCCAGGUCCUGAUGGCUCUUAUGCCACAGUCUAUAGACCUUAUACCGGCACCGACAGCAUCACGGCACCUUUGACGGUUACUACUAUCCAGGGGGCGAAUGGUCAGCCCGGAACUGUAAUCGUGGAGACACCUGCUCCUACCCAGGAUGCUGGUGGAUACAGCACCGCUUCUGCUAGCCCUGGCAGCAUGUACGCUACAGUCUAUCAGCCUUAUCCCGGACCUGACUCGAUUACCGAAGCCACUACAGUCACAACUAUCCAGCCUUCUAAUGGCAAUCCCGGAACUAUUGUUAUCCAGACACCAACUGUUGCAUCUGGCGGCAAGGAAAACAUUCCCCCAGUCACUCUUACCCCUGGCCCAGGCGACCAGUAUGUUACCAUCUACAGACCUCACACUGGAACUGAUACUUUGACUGCCCCUGUCACUAUUACAACUCUACCCGGUGUAGGUGACCAGCCAGGCACUGUUAUCAUUGAAACCCCUGAGCCAGAAACCCCCGGGGCAAACCCUACAGUUACCUUGCCCCCUGGUCCCAAUGAGUCUUACGUGACUGUGUUCCGCCCUCACACUGGAGCCGAGAUCACUGCUCCUAUCACCGUUACAGAGAUUACGCCUACAAACGGCCAGCCAGGCACCGUUGUUAUCGAGACUCCUGUUCAGGUCACUGGAACAGAUGUGGCGACAAGCUUCGACUCCAUGAAUACCAUUACUUCUCAGGGCAGUACUUAUGUUACGGUUUUCCGUCCAGGCUCUGGAACGGAGAAGAUCUCAACUCCAGUUACUAUUACGACUAUUGCACCUCAAGGAACAGAGCCCGGCACGGUUAUAAUCGAAACUCCGGAUCGAGAACUAUCGCCUAUCACAACCUCUGCUCCCGGUGCUACCUAUGUGACGGUUUACCAACCUGGCAUCGGAACUGCCAAGAUCACUGAACCAGUGCCUGAAACGACAAUCGAGCCGGCUAAUGGCCAACCCGGCACAGUGAUAAUUAACACGCCGGGUCAGGCAGCACCUCCAAGCACUGUCGUUGAUGCCCCGGUUUCAUACGUCACGAUCACAAACCCUUACACUGGAACUGAUCAGAUUAUGGAACCUGUAGUGACGACUGUUCCUCCUCAGGGUAAUCAACCCGGAACUGUCAUCGUUGAAACUCAGGUUUCAUUUGUUACCAUUUAUCGUCCGCAUACUGGACCUGAUCAGCUCAUGGGUCCAACAACCGUGUCUACGAUUGCACCAACUGGAGAUCAACCGGGUACAGUCAUCAUUGAGACUCCUGGUAUUGCAGCUCCCAUCACUACAACGCCCCGUGUACCAUCAUACGUGACGGUUACCGAACUAUAUGCCGGAUCAGACCUCUCCCCUGAGGCAACUAGGGUCAUCACAAUUCCACCUCAGGGCGAUCAGCCCGGUACUGUCAUUGUGAAGACACAAGGCCGUUAUGUCACAUCUUCCACACUGUAUACUGGAACCGGUUUGAUUUCAGGUCCAGUCCCACUUACUACAAUUCCUCCUCGGGAUGAUCAGCCAGGUACUGUCAUUGUGGGAACACAGGGCUCGUAUGUUACGACCACGGUUGAAUACACCGGAGUCGACCAGAUUACUUCACCAAUUGCUUCGACCAUUCCUCCCUCAGGAGACCAGCCUGGAACCAUUAUCAUUCAAACGCAGGCGCCUUUUGUAACAAUCUAUCAGCCUUAUAGCGGAUCUGGUACGAUUAGUGACCCUGUUACUGUAUCAAGUAUUCCUCCCAACGGUGGACAGCCUGGUACUAUCAUCAUUGCGACCCCUGGAUCUCAACCUCCUAUUACCACGACGCCUCCAGUUCCUUCCUACACUUCAGUUUAUGUCGAAUACUCUGGCACAGGUGUCAUUACUGACGCCGUUGCUGUAACGACUAUUCAGCCGGAAGGAGAUCAGCCUGGCACUAUCAUCUUUAACACCCCUGCCGCGUCGAUAACCUCAACUAGUGCUAUCCAGGCCUCAUACAUAACGAUUUAUCAGCCCCACACUGGUAAGGACAGCAUCACUAGUCCAGUCACUAUUACCACAAUUUCCCCUCGAGGUGAUCAACCCGGUACUGUUAUCAUCGAAACGCCUGGUUCGGAACCUGCAACCACAGAGACAGCUGUCCUUGAGGCGUCUUACGUGACUGUCUAUCAGCCUCAUACCGGCGAUGGUACUAUUGACGGUCCAGUCCCUAUCACUACGAUCUCUCCUCAAGGCGGUCAGCCUGGUACUGUAAUUGUGGAAACACCUGGCUUAGGGGCUCCUGUUACAUCAAUGCCUGAAAGCAUGGCCUCGUACGUGACAGUUUACCAGCCACAUAGUGGAGCGGGUACCAUCACAGAGCCUAUCGCAGUCACCACUGUUGCUCCCCAGGGUACCGCACCGGGCACCGUGUACAUUGCAACGCCCGGCUCAGGCGCUCCGGUUACCUCAGCGCCCGUCCCUCAAGAACGAUAUGUAACAGUCUACCAACCGCACACUGGAGCGGGUAGCAUCACAGCUCCUGUCACAAUCACUACGAUCCAGCCUCAGGGCGAUCAGCCUGGUACUGUGAUUGUGGAGACACCUGGUUCCGAGUUACCAGCUACUUCAAGUCCAGCAAUGACAAGCGAGUUACCUUUUGUCACUGUGUUCAGGCCUUACUCUGGCACCGAUCAGAUCAAUGCGCCAGUAACAAUAACGACAAUACAGCCGCAGGGACUUGAACCAGGUACCGUCAUCAUUGAAACACCCGGAACUAAGGAAGCCGUUACAUUAGCGCCUACUCUCUCGUAUACCACUAUUUACGAACCCUCUGACGGGGCUAGUGAUAUGACUGGAGAAAUCACUCGUACUCUGGCCCCAAUGCAAAGUGGCGAGGCUGGCACUGUGAUCAUUAAAACGCCUGCAGCACAAAGCACGAUUAAGGGUGCAAACCCCCCUCUGACUAUUCCUGCCGGAGCCGAUAACCUAGUAACCGUCUUCAGACCAUACACAGGAACUCCUCCAAUCACAGCGCCCAUAACAGUUACCACGAUCUCGCCCUCAGGUGGACAGCCAGGUACUGUCAUUGUUGAGACUCCUAUGCCGGAAGAUGUUUCAAGCACUCUUCCCAGCGCUCCCUCUGUGAAUGCUCCUGUUACUCUUCCAGCCGGAAGCGACAACUAUGUAACAAUCUUCAGACCUUAUACUGGUACCGAGUCGAUCACAGCACCUGUAACCGUCUCUACCAUCAGUCCUGCAGACAGCAAACCUGGCACAGUUAUCGUCGAAACUCCUGAGCCUGUUACUCAAGCCUCACCCACUACCAGCCUAUCUGCCGAUAUUUACAUUACUAUUUACAGGCCAUACACGGGUACUAAUCCGAUUACGGCACCAAUUACACUUACAACUAUGCCUGCCAUUUCUGGAACAGGUACCGUCAUCAUUGAAACGCCCGUACCCCAGACUGCAAGUGUCAUUUAUGCGACUAUCUAUCGACCAUACACCGGCACAGCGCGUAUUACAGAGCCUAUUACCGUUACGACUAUUGCCCCUAUGUCUGGAGGUGAAGGAACCGUUAUCAUUGAGACUCCUACUCCUGAACCUACAACUGAUAGCCAGGCAUCCGACUCACCUGCUAUUACGAUCCCUUCAAAUGAUGAGAACCGUAAUGUGACGGUGAUCAGACCCUACCCUGGCCCUAAAAUAAUCACAGCACCUAUUACCAGCUACAUCCCCCCUGCCACAUCAGGUCAACCCGGCACUGUUGUCAUUGAGACUCCUGGAGAUUUGUCUACAACGGGAUCCCAGUCCCAAGAUCAAACGUCACCUGCCGCUGUUACGAUUCCUCCAAGUGACGGAAGCCCCAAUAUCACUGUUGUUCGCCAGUAUCCAGGCCCAGGCAUCAUCAAUGCUCCCGUUACCUCAUACGAGCCACCAACUACAUCCGGGCAACCUGGCACAGUCAUCAUUGAGACUCCCGCUCCUAUCGCUCAAACCUCGUCGGAUAUGGUUGGUGCUGGAACGAACACUACCAUCUAUACUUUGGCGCCACCAGGCGUGAAGACUCCAAUCACCAGUUAUGCUCCCCCACAAACAGAGGGUGGUGAAGGAACUGUCUUUAUCCAAACUAUAGCCUCUGAGACUCCGACGAGCUCCGGUGAUGGAAGUACCGUGACUAUCUUUACUGAGGGACCGGCGUCUCUAACGGCUCUGCAAACCAGAUACCAGCCUCCCGCAUCAGCUGGUGAGCCUGGUACCGUAUUUGUCGAGACACCCGCAGGAACAUCAGCAAGACCGGGGUCAUCGACAGAGCCUUCCUAUGUGACGGUGUACCAACCACACACAGGUCCUGGUAGAAUCACUCAACCGGUUACACUUACAACGAUUGCACCUGUUGGUAGCGAGCCAGGUACAGUGAUUAUCGAAACGCCUGGUUCUGAACCCCCAGUUACAUCAACACCUAUGUCGUAUGUGACAGUCUAUCGACCUCACACAGGUGAAGGAAGCAUCACUACUCCAGUCACAGUAACCACAGUUGACGGUACAGGCGAUCAACCGGGUACCGUGAUUAUCGAAACACCUGGCUCUAAACCUGCAGUUACAUCAGAGCCUAUACCCAUGUCGUAUGUGACAGUCUAUCGACCUCACACAGGUGAAGGAAGCAUUACUACUCCAGUCACAGUAACCACAGUUGACGGUACAAGCGAUCAACCAGGCACCGUGAUUAUCGAGACGCCUGGUUCUGGACCCCCAGUCACAUCAGAGCCUGUGCCCAUGUCGUAUGUGACAGUGUAUCGACCUCACACAGGUGAAGGCAGCAUCACUACUCCGGUCACAGUUACUACAAUUGACGGUACAGGCGAUCAGCCGGGUACUGUAGUUAUUGAAACGCCUGGCUCAGGGGCUCCGGUCACAUCGGCACCUGUAUCUACACCCUAUGUUACAGUCUAUCAGCCUCACACUGGUUCAGAUCCGAUUACUGCUCCAGUCACUAUUACAACCAUUGCACCUCAGGGUGACCAGCCUGGAACUGUUAUUAUAGGGACACCUGGUUCAGGAGAGCCCAUUACUUCAACACCUUCAGCAAUUGUCUCUUAUGUCACAUCUUUCCGCCAGUAUUCUGGUACGAAGGCCUUUGCAGAGCCUGUGACCAUUACGACGAUUGCCCCUGAAGGAGACCAACCGGGCACUAUCAUAGUAGAAACCCCAGGCACAGCGAUGGCAUCCAGCAGCGAUGGUGGUAGUAGCCCUGUUACUCUACCACCUGGGGAUGACAACUACAUCACGGUUCUCCGACCUUACACGGGUACCGGCGUCAUCACAGCGCCUGUCACUGUUUCCACUAUUCCUGCAUCAGGAGGUCAGCCUGGAACCGUGUUUGUCGAGACUACUGCUUCUCUUACUGGUGGUAUGUCACAAACGUCAGUUGACAACGUGACUGUGUACACAUUGGCCCCACCAGGGAUCAAGACGCCCAUCACCAGUUACGUUCCUCCUCAAAAGAGUGGUGAUCCGGGAACUGUCUUUAUCCAGACUGUUUCGUCUGGCUCGGAGACUCCACAAACGAAUGUGACUAUAUUCACUCAAGGCGGUGCUUCUCUAACAGGUGCAACUACUAUGUAUCAGCCUCCUGCCUCGUCAGGCGAUCCAGGAACUGUGAUCAUUGAGUACCCACCUGGAAGCAAUGUGACCAUCACGCGAGAUGGCGCCCCAGACCUUUCUGCACCUUUCACUACCUACCUGCCUCCAGGUUCAUCCGGCGAUCCUGGUACCAUUAUGGUUGAGACACCGGUAUCGAAGACUUCUGAGGUUUCCUCCGACGGUCCGGUGACCAUAUCAGCCCAUCCUGGAAGCCCGAAUGUUACCAUAGUUCGAAGUGGCACGGGUAGCGAAGUCAGCACAAUUUACGUGCCGCCAAGUGGAACCGAGCCAGGAACGGUAAUUAUUGAGACUCCUGUCAAGUCGAAGGAUUUGACUAGCGGUAUCGCAUCUUCCAUUGCAAUGCCUACGGACAUGCCGGCGAUCACCAUCCCCCCUAGCUCCAACAGUCCCAACGUCACAGUCAUCAGGCCCUACACCGGUACGGGUUCAAUUACUGCGGCUGUUACAAGCUAUCUGCCCCCAACGAAAGCAGGUGAGCCUGGUACGAUUAUCAUUGAAACCAUCGCUUCAGAGAGUCCAGGCCCCUUGACCGACAACCCGGUCAUAACUCUGCCCCCUACGCUCCAGAGUCCCAACUCAACUGUUAUCAGACCAUACUCCGGUACAGGUUCCAUCACUGAGCCUAUCACCAGGUAUAUCCCUCCCACAGCGUCUGGGGAACCCGGAACAGUUAUCAUCGAGACUCCGGUCAUGGAUGUGACCAGUGAAAGCACUAUGGCUUCUGUCACAGCCGGAGCAACAUCAGAACCCAUUGGUAUCACGAUUCCUGCCAAUGCCGGUAGUCCCAACGUGACUAUAUUCAGGCCCUUUACCGGCACUGAAGCGAUUGAAACCCCUAUCACGAAGUAUCUUCCACCAAGCGAAUCAGGGGGCCCAGGUACUGUGCUGAUUGAGACUCCAACUGUUGUCACGUCUGCAAGCUCCUCUGUCUCGGUUAGCUCUGGGAGCGGACCGGCUUCGACACCGGCGGGACUAACCACUGAUGAACGUUCUGAAACCGACUCGAUCACGACGCCAGGCUCGACAAGCUCAAACCCUAAUGCCAUCACAAUCACUCCGACUGACAGCAACAACGAUGUGACGAUUAUCGAGCCCAACACCAAGUUUCCAGAUGCUGUGGAGAAUGUCACACAAAUCAUUCCUCCUUCAAAUGGAAACCCGGGAACCCAAAUCAUCUACACGCCAAUUGACGCUGCAACCUCCACAGAAGCAACCCCCGGUGCUUCUAAGACUGGCGAGUAUGUGACUAUCAGUGCGACAGUCACAAUCCCAGGUGACCCGUCUACUCUCACCGGAGUGAAGUCAAACUUGGGAACUGACACGCUCACCACCGGCGCGGAGAUCAACACUAUCAUUAUCCCUCCCAGCGGAACGGAGCCAGGAACCAUCGUUGUUCAGACUAGCGUUUACUUGGACCAAACACUAGCUGAGCAUGGCAAUGUCACUAUAACGAGACCCGCGUCCAGUGGCGUCACGAAGGCUAUGACAACCUAUGCACCACCGGCGGUGUCAACUGAUUCAGGCACCUUCAUUGUUGAGAUACCAGACUACAACGUUACUAUCACUAGAGCUGGCGGCGCUUCAGUUACGGUUCCGUUCACCACCUAUGUAUCUCCUGCAUCCGAAGGUAAUCCAGGAACCGUGAUUAUCGAAACACCAAUUGGGUCUCUCGAUGCAUCAGAGCUUCCAGCCGGUGAAACGAAUGUGACCGUUUAUACUGUUGGUUCUGUCAUAGCACCCGUCACCAAAUACAUACCUCCUGCUUCUUCGGGCCAGGCCGGCACAGUCAUGAUCCAGACGCCAGGCGACUCUACCGACUCCAAGGGAGGUGCUGGCAAUGUUACCGUUUACACUGAAUUCUCUGGAACUGCCACCAGGACAACAUUUAUCCCUGCUUCUGUAACCGGCGAACCAGGAACCGUUCUGAUUCAGACUCCGGGUAUCCCAGGAACACUGCGCAACACCACGGUUUAUAGUGGUAUCCCCGGUACGGUUUCUUCGACAAUUUAUAUUCCUCCUGCUUCUUCCGACCAAGCAGGAACUGUCGUUAUUGGAACCCCCACUGCCCAGGAAGAUACAACAUCCUUCAGCCAAUUCAACAUCACCGUCACGACAGCUGCCUCUACUCCCGUUACCUCCCAGUAUACUACGUAUUUCCCACCUGAAUCUGCUGGUAGCCCUGGCACGAUUGUUAUUUACACCCCCAACUACAACGUGACUAUCACGAAGGAGGCUCCUGCAUCGGUGACAAGCCUUCGGUCUUCAUACCUACCUCCCGAUACAUUGGGUGAUCCGGGUACAAUUAUCUUGGAGACACCCAACAAUGAUUACAAUGUCACCGUUACUAGGGCUGGUCCUGCAUCCGUCACUGGAACCAUCACAACAUACCUCCCUCCUGGUUCAUCUGGAGACCCAGGCACAAUCCUCAUCGAAACACCUGGUACCAACGUUACUGCGACUCGAACAGCUUCGGUUCCCAUUACAGGAACCCGUACAUUAUACGAGCCUCCGGCCUCUAGUGGAGAUCCCGGUACUGUCGUUAUCGAGGUCCCCGAGACUGAAGCCUCUUCCUCCACCGGGUUGCCUGGUACCAACGUUACGUUGACUCGAACAGCAUCGGUUUCCAUUACAGGCACCCGUACAAUAUACGAACCUCCGGCUUCCAGUGGAGAUCCGGGUACCGUCUAUAUUGAGGUUCCCGACCUGGAGUCUUCUUCCUCCGCCAAGCUGCCGGUUUCCAACGUUACUAUUACGCAGGGAGCUACAGUUACAGCCCCCCUCACCAGAUAUAUAAGCCCAGCUUCACCCGGAGAUCCUGGUACAGUUAUAGUUGAGACUCCCGAUUAUAACGUUACCAUAACCAGGGAGGCCCCGAAGACUGUCACGACAUUGAGAUCAUCCUAUGCACCUCCUGCGAACUCGGGAGAUCCCGGUACUGUCAUUAUAGAGACUCCUAUUGGUUCCGCAGGCGAUCCAGGCACCAUCCUUGUUGAGACUCCGGACUACAACGUUACGACAACACGACAAGCACCUGCUUCAGUUACCAGACUUCAAACCACAUAUGUACCUCCAGCCACGCCUGGUGACCCUGGCACAGUUAUUGUUGAGACUCCAAACAACGAAUAUAACGUUACGGUCACGAGGGCAGCACCCGAGUCUGUUACUAGAGUUCUUACAACAUAUGCUCCCCCAGGAACGCCUGGUGAUCCGGGAACCAUUAUUGUGGAGACACCUGAUUACAACGUCACGACCACGCGGCAGGCACCUGCUUCAGUUACCAGACUUCAAACCACAUAUGUACCUCCAGCCACGCCUGGUGACCCUGGCACUGUUAUCGUUGAGACACCAAACAACGAAUAUAACGUCACUGUCACAAGGGCUGCACCUGUAUCAGUCACCAGAAUAAUUACAAUAUAUGCUCCUCCCGGAACACCUGGUGAUCCGGGAACCAUCAUCGUGGAGACCCCUGAUUACAAUGUCACGACAACUAGGGGUGCAUCAAUCACCGCACCUUUCACAACGUACUCCCCACCAGCUACGCCUGGUGAUCCCGGGACUAUCAUUGUGGAGACUCCUGACUACAACGUCACGAUCACGACAGCCGCUCCCAGAACAGUCACAACAUUGCGUUCGUCAUACAUCCCACCUGGAACCCCCGGUAGCCCUGGCACCGUUAUCAUCGAAACACCCCUUGGCCCUUACAAUAUUACUACAACCAAAGGUGCUUCUGGCAUCGAUGCAACAAUCACGACAUACCUACCUCCAGGCUCACCUGGUGAUCCCGGCACUAUCUUAAUUGAGACGCCUGAGUAUAACGUUACGGUUACCAGUACCGCUACUGUUCCUGCUACCGGUACUAUUACAAGUUAUAACCCUCCAGCGUCCGCAGGGGAUCCCGGCACUAUCCAGAUUAUUGUGCCUGGCCAGAAGUUGGUAUCUACAUCACAAAGUGUAUCAGAUGAUCAGCCUGGCCAGAAUGUUACAAUUACCAGACCUGGCCCAACAACACUUACCGGACCUGUCACUUCAUACUUCCCCCCAGCAAGUAGUGGUGGAAAUGGUACUGUCAUCGUCGAGACGCCCGGCCCUGUCCUUGUGGAGGUACCUCCCAGCCGCAAUGUUACAGUGACAACUGAGGUUGCAAGUCGAACGGCUCCUUACACUACGUACUCCCCACCUGAGAAGCAAGGAGACCCAGGUACUAUCCUUGUGGAAUUUCCUCCCAGCCGCAACGUCACAGUGACUACACAAAUCGCAAGCCUUACUGCUCCUUACACAAGUUACGUGGCUCCUGCGAACAAGGGUGAUUUUGGCACCGUUAUCGUGGAGAUACCCUUCGACCGCAAUGUCACCAUUACGACUGAAAUACCGACUUUGAUGGCUCCCCGCACAACCUAUGCUCCACCAGGAAGUCAAGGUGACCCAGGCACUGUUAUUGUGCAGCUACCUCCAGAUAGUAACGUCACCGUCACAACCGAAGUGCCGACUCUGACUGCUGCCCGCACAACCUACGCUACACCAGGAAGCAAAGGUGACCCCGGCACUGUCAUUGUUCAGCUACCUCCGGACAGAAAUGUUACUGUUACAACUGAAGUACCGACUCUAACUGCUCCUCAUACAACCUACUCUGCCCCAGGGCAAGCAGGUGAUCCUGGCACGAUCAUCGUUCAAUACCCCCUUGACCGCAAUGUCACUGUUACUACAACGAUCGCUAGUCUCACAGCAGCUUACACUACGUAUGCUCGACCAGGAAGCAAAGGCGAUCCCGGCACGAUCCUGGUCGAAUUACCUCCUGGCCGAAAUGUAACAACCACAACGACAGUUCCUACGUUGACCAAGGCUUAUACCACUUAUUCGCCUCCAGGUAGUAACGGUGAUCCCGGAACCGUGAUUAUGCUACUUCCACCGGAAAGGAAUGUUACUAUCACGACUCAAGCUGCUAUAAUCUCGGUACCCUAUACGACCUAUGCACCCCCUGCCAACGUUGACGAUCCCGGCACGAUCAUUGUCGGACUGCCUGCUGACAGGAACGUCACGGUUACUCAGAUCAUCAGCACGAUAACUCGCCUUACCACAACCUAUGCAGCGGCAAGCAACCUGGGUGACCCUGGCACUAUCAUCAUAGAGCAGCCACCGGAGACUAACACCACCAUUGUUGAAGUUGUCUCCACGAUUACCCGCCCCGCCACUAGGUUUAUACCCCCUGCUACUCAGGGAGACCCAGGCACAGUGUAUAUCAAUGUACCGCCAAAUGUCAAUGUCACCAUGACUACAACAGUUAGCACAAUUAGUCGAGUAACCACAACAUUCAUCCCUCCUGCCACUCAAGGAGACGUAGGCACAGUCCUUGUACAGUUGCCUCCUGAGUACAAUGUCACAACCACCGACACUGUUCAGACAAUUAGCAGGCCAGCAACUCAUUACUCAGCUCCAGCUGAAACUGGUGAUCCAGGGACCGUGUAUAUUGACUUGCCACCUGAGUAUAACGUCACUGCCACUACUACGAUCUUCACUAUUACGAGGCAAAGUACGACGUUCAUUCCGGGAGCUGAACAGGGAGACCCUGGCACUAUUCUUGUUAAGAUGCCUCCUGAGUAUAAUACAACGAUAACUCAAACAGUCUCAACUAUCACAAGGCCCGCUACAAGGUAUUCCAGCCCUGGAACCGUUGGGGACCCUGGUACAAUUUACAUCGACCUGCCGCCAGCCUACAAUGUAACCAUUACAACAACGGUGCCGACUAUCUCAAGGCAGUCUACUACCUUCGCCCCAGCUGCUACAGUAGGUGACCCUGGUACUGUUAUCAUUGAGAUGCCGCCUGCAUACAAUGUUACGACAACUCAAACAGUGUCGACAAUCACAAGGCCCACGACUGUCUAUUCUCGUCCCGAUACAAUCGGGGAUCCUGGUACCAUUUAUAUCAAUCUUCCCCCCGACUAUAAUGUUACGACAACUCAAACAGUCCCGACAAUUACGAGACCUACUACUGUCUACUCUCGCCCAGAUACAAUCGGGGACCCUGGAACCAUCUAUGUUAACCUUCCCCCCGAGUACAAUAUUACAGUCACCACAACCGUCCCAACAAUUACAAGAAUCUCAACCACAUUUGCUCCAGCUGGCACACAGGGCGACCCCGGUACUGUAAUCAUCCAGCUUCCUCCGGAUUCCAACGUUACAAUUACUCAAACCAUCUCAACGAUCACAAGGCCCACCACCCUAUACUCCAAGCCAGGCUCCAUCGGGGACCCCGGAACCAUAUAUGUGGAUCUGCCGCCAGCUUAUAAUGUGACGGUCACUACGACCAUUCCAACAAUCACACGCGCAUCUACCACAUUUGCCUCAGCCGCUGAACAGGGAGACCCCGGUACUGUUAUAGUUCAAUUACCGCCAGACUCCAAUGUCACAGUAACAUCAACUGUUCCCACGAUAAGCCGGCCUGCUACACGAUUUGCGAACCCAGCAUCCCCAGGCGACCCUGGAACUGUCUAUGUGGACCUUCCACCGGAGUAUAACGUGACUGUGACAUCAACGGUCAGCAGCAUUAGCAGGAUAAUGACCACAUACCUGCCAGCCGGUACCCAAGGCGAUCCGAAUACAGUCUUGGUGGAAAUUCCUCCAGACUACAACGUAACUGCAACUCAAACCGUUAGUACGAUCAGUCGGGCCAGGACAACUUACAACCCUGGCGCAACGCAAGGUGACCCAGGCACUGUCCUUGUUCAGCUUCCGGCUGAGUACAAUGUCACGAUUACGACAACAAUUCCAACGCUCACUAGGGCAUCAACAACAUUUGCUCCAGCAGGAACACAGGGCGACCCCGGCACCGUCAUCGUCGAACUACCCCCCAACUCCAACGUCACGAUAUCAGCAACUGUAUCUACUAUUACAGCACCUGUUACCCGUUUCUCAAGCCCGGGAGCACAAGGUGACCCUGGCACUGUCUAUGUUGAUCUACCUCCAGCAUACAAUAUCACAAGAACUACAACCCUGAGUGACAUCACAAGGGCAGCAACUACGUACCAGCCGGGGGCAACUGAAGGCGCGCCCGGCACGAUUCUUGUCCAGGUCCCAUUGCCUUAUAAUGUCACCACAACGACUACAGUGGCAACUAUCACUCGUGUCAUGACAAGAUAUGAUCCUGGUGCAAGCCAAGGCGACCCAGGCACAGUUGUGAUUCAGCUACCGCCCGACUACACUGUGACAACGACACAGACAGUCAGUGACAUUACUCGACCUACAACGCUUUACAGCUCUGCCGCUAUUCAGGGAGAUCCUAAUACGGUCAUUGUGAAGGUUCCGGUUCCUUAUAAUGUUACUACUACGCAAAUCGGCGUAAGUACCAUCAGCAGGGUUCAGACCACCUAUAACCCGGGUGCUACGCAAGGUGAUCCCGGAACUGUCAUAAUCCAGCUACCACCCGAUUACACUGUGACCACCACCCAAACAGUUACUGGACUUGCUCGACCUACAACACUCUACAGGUCUGCAGGUGUUCAGGGAGACGCCAAUACGGUCAUCAUCCAAGUCCCGGUUCCUUACAACGUUACUACUACGCAGACCUUGAGUACCAUCACCAGGGCUCAGACUACCUAUGACCCUGGUGCCACACAAGGUGAUCCUGGAACUGUUAUCAUUCAGCUCCCGGUUCCAUAUAACGUGACAAGCACACAGACGGUCAGUACCAUUACUCAAGCAACGACCGUAUACAACCCUCCUGGCAGUCAGGGCGAUCCUGGCACGGUAUUAGUCGAGUUCCCAGUUCCAUACAACGUAACGACGACUACUACCGUCAGUACCAUCAGUCAAGCGAUGACAACAUACAUGCCCGCUGGAACCCAAGGUGAUCCUGGCACAGUUUUGGUUCAACUCCCAGUUCCGUAUAACAGGACAACCACUCAGACCGUCGCCACAAUCAGCCAGAUCACGACCACCUAUUUACCUCCUGCCAAUCAGGGAGAUCCGGGAACUGUUAUCAUUCAGGUUCCUCCUCCAGUCACAUCUAGCAGCUCCGUUCCUGUGGUGGCUGUAUCUACAUCAAGCACGACGUCCCCCUACCCGCAAGCUACCUUUGGUCCGACCUUCGACUGUGACGGAUACGGAUAUGUCAUUUCAACGCUUCUGGGUAAUACUCUUACAAAGGUCAACCUCAACACUGGCCAACGUACGACAAUUAAGAGUGGUAUUGGCCCCGGCGGAACUCUGCUGAAUGUUGGUGGCCUUGCGGGCGCGAUCAACGGUAUUGGAUUCAACCAGCUCGAUGGCUACAUAUACGGUGUAGUCAACCAAGGUCUCAUCUCAGGAAUUCUGUGCGGUCUCACCGGCUGUGCUUCCUCCCAGUUAAUUCGUAUCGCCCAGAAUGGUGCCUAUCAAGCCCUAUCGGCUACUAUCCCCUCGAACACCAUCACCAUGGGUGAUAUCGAUGAACAGGGCCGUCUUUGGGUCUCUGAAAGUGGAAGGAAAUGGUGGUGUCUUGAUGUCAAGCCUGGCUCGUCUACGUUUGGCAAGGUACUCGCCAGUGGCACUUCAGCUGUUGAUAUUAUUUCUGGGGUCGGCGAUUGGGCUUAUGUACCUGGCGGAGGUGAUUACCUUUACGCCAUACAAACAUCACUUAUCGAAUCAGGCCUCCUUCGUACAAACAUUGUUCGUUGGUCACGGACAACACACACUUGGUCAAUCUAUCAAAGAUAUACCAACUUUAUCCUUACAAGCCUUAAUUUGGAAUGGGGUGCCGUCAUGGCAGGACCUGGUGGUACUCUCUAUGGCCAAGAAAACCUUCUUGGCCAGACUUGGAGAUUCAACAUCAACAGUACAGCCAAUCCUACAGAGAUCCCCGGUGGUGCGAUCCUCAAUUUACAAGGAGAUGGAGCCAGGUGUUCUACUGCGAAGGUUCCUCUCCCACCCUUCAAAUGCGAUGGAAACGCCCAAGUGAUGUCAAGCCUACUUGGCAAUACUCUCACAUCCGUCAAUAUCACUACCGGCGCUCGCUCAACCAUUUCGUCUACCAUCGGUCCUGGCGGCACCAUCAACGGCAUCGGAUACAACAAACUUGAUAAUUAUCUUUACGGUGUUGUCAAUCAGGAUCUGGUCUCAGGAGUAAUCAGUACAGUCCUGGGCGGUGCUCAAUCCCAGCUCAUCCGUAUUGGUUCCGAUGGUGGCUAUGAGACUCUAGACGCUACUGUCCCUUCCAACACGAUCACUAUGGGCGAUGUUGAUGAACAAGGGCGCCUUUGGCUAUCCGAGAGCGGCAGGAGGUGGUGGUGUAUCGACGUUAACCCUACCUCUACAAAUGUCAACCAGGUUAUUGCCAGCGGAACAUCCGCUGUCGACAUCAUCUCGGGCGUAGGUGAUUGGGCAUACAUCGCCGGUGCAGGAGACUACCUCUGGGCUGUACAGGCCUCGGUCAUCCAAUCGGGUCUACUACGCACCAACAUCGUCCGCUGGUCGCGUACAACACAUACUUGGGAAAUUUUCCAGUCGUACCCUAACUUCGUCCUCACUACUCUCAACUUGAAUUGGGGAGCAGCCUGGUCAGGACCUGGUGGAACUUUGUAUGCGCAAGAGAACGCUAUUGGCCAAACAUGGAAGUUCACAUUAGGAAGCUCUACCAACCCUACGGCUAUAUCGGGCGGCGCUAUCCUUAACCUAUCAGGUGAUGGAUCUAGGUGCAUAGGAUUGGAUCCUACCACUCCACUCAACCUCUCUCCACCUGCAACUACGAGCUCAGCAGUUGCUUCAACUACGAGCUCAGCAGUUGCUGCAGCUACGAGCUCAACGGCGUCUGGUCCAGCUGCACUGAGUUGUGACCCUAACGGCUACCUCACCCAAAAGACUUCCUUCUACCGUGUCGAUAUUGCUACCGGAAAGACAACGCUUAUUAAGAGCCCUAUUGGGCCUGGUGGCAAUCUCAAUGCUCUUGGAUACAAUUCGUUAGACAAUUAUCUCUACGCCAUGGUUCAAGAUAGUACGGGCUCACAAGUUAUCCGUAUCGGUGGCGAUGGCAGCUAUACACUUCUGUCCACUCGUACGUCAGAUCCCAGUGUUCAAAUGGGUGAUAUCGACAACAUGGGCCGCUACUGGAUUUCUAAUCAAGGAAAGGCUUGGUGGUGUAUCGACCUCAAGCCCGGCUCGUCUACCUACGGCAAGAUUCUCAUGAGCGGAACUGCUGUCACCACCGGGGGUAUAGCCGACUGGGCGUUCGUUCCUGGAGGCGGCGACUUUAUGUAUGGAGUCAUGUACGAUUCAGCCGGACUUACAGGUACUCUAUCCCGCUUCAGUCGCACCGCCUACACAUGGUCCUCCGUAAGGGCAUACGGCAUGGUUACCGGCACCAACGUAUUCGGUGCCGUAUAUGCCUCGGCAGAUGGCAACCUCUAUGGCUCGGAGAACUCCAACGGAAACAUCUACAAGUUCCCCAUCGCCCCAACCGCCGGGGCUCCUGUUUUUGUAGCAACAGGUCCCCCAUCAACUUGGAACGACGGAGCUCGUUGCAUCAACGCCACCAACCUUUCGGUAUAG